AUGGAUCUGAGACGGAGACAUUGGUCUUUGUCGGCGAUUUUGCUGUCCGCGUCAUUCGUUACAUUGCUGAAUCCACCGCAGUUAUCGUCGGCGGCGUCGGAGAAUUUGGUAUUUGAGGUUCGAAGCAAGUUCGCCGGAAAAAGUCAAAUAGAUCUCCGAGCUCUCAGAGCUCACGACACUCACCGUCACUCUCGACUCCUCUCCGCCAUCGAUCUUCCUCUCGGCGGCGAUAGCCAGCCUGAGUCUGUCGGUUUAUACUUCACAAAAAUCGGACUAGGAACUCCAUCCAGAGACUUUCAUGUCCAGGUCGAUACAGGAAGUGACAUCUUAUGGGUGAAUUGUGCUGGCUGCAUCAGAUGUCCUAGGAAGAGUGAUUUGGUAGAGCUAACACCUUACGACGCGGAUGCUUCGUCCACUGCGAAAUCUGUUUCUUGCAGCGACAGCUUCUGCUCUUACGUUAACCAAAGAUCAGAGUGUCACUCUGGUUCCACUUGUCAAUACGUGAUUCAAUACGGAGAUGGAAGCUCCACUAACGGAUACUUAGUGAGAGAUGUUAUGCAUUUGGAUUUAGUUACCGGAAAUCGCCAAACCGGUUCCACCAAUGGAACUAUCAUCUUCGGGUGCGGGUCUAAGCAGUCUGGUCAGCUCGGUGAAUCCGUAUCCGCAGUUGAUGGGAUAAUUGGAUUUGGACAGUCGAAUUCGUCGUUUAUAUCGCAGCUAGCUUCACAGAGAAAAGUCAAAAGGUCAUUUGCACAUUGCUUGGAUAAUAACAAUGGAGGUGGUAUCUUCACCAUUGGAGAAGUCGUCUCGCCCAAAGUCAAGACUACUCCUAUGCUCUCUAACUCAGCUCACUAUAGUGUCAACCUCAAUUCAAUUCAAGUUGGUGAUUCAGUUCUGAAAAUUUCUUCGGGAGCGUUUGAUUCGGGAGAAGAGAAAGGGGUCAUUGUUGACAGUGGUACAACUUUGGUUUAUCUUCCCGAUGGUGUUUUUAAGCCGUUAAUGAGUCAGAUUUUGGCUUCUCAUCCAGAGCUUACCUUGCAUACUGUUCAGGAUUCGUUUACUUGUUUCCAUUACACUGACAAAUUAGAUCGCUUCCCACCUGUGACAUUUCAGUUUGACAAGUCGACUUCAUUGACGGUGACUCCUCAAGAAUAUCUGUUCCAAAUUCAAGAAAACACAUGGUGUUUUGGCUGGCAAAACGGCGGGAUGCAGACUAAAGGCGUAGGAGUAUUGACAAUUCUUGGAGAUAUGGCGCUUUCUAACAAGUUAGUUGUCUACGAUAUCGAAAACCAAGUUAUUGGAUGGACCAAUCACAACUGCUCAGCAGGAAUACAAGUAAAGGAUGAACAGAGUGGAGCAAUCUACACAGUUGGUGCUCACAAUCUCUCAUGGUCUUCUUCUUUAGCUGUUACCAAACUUCUUACAUUUGUUUCUUUCUUAAUUCCUUUCCUGUUUAACAUUGCUUUAUAG